GGACACAUCAGUGUGUCAGCUGAUUUGUUGUUGUGUUGAGCGUCUGUGUACACGUUAUCUGACGAAGUGCACCUAAAUGUGAUCUGCUGACUGGAACAGCAGGAUGUCGCACAGCAAGAACCACUCGUGUCUGAGCAGAGCAGAAGACACAGCUUCAUUCCUGUUCAGUUUGCCCCUCCAGAUUCAGGAAAUGCUUGUGUGUGUGUUUCAUGUUUUGGAGGAGUGGGCAGGCCUUGGUCAGAUGGAGGACUAUCUGAGCAUGCUGGACUACCUGCUGUGGGUCUUCACACCCCUCGCCAUUGUCUUCAUCCUGCCCUUCCUCCUCGUCAUCCUCCUUUAUCUUUCCAUUCUAUUCCUUCAUGUCUACAAGAGGAAGAACCAGCUGAGGGAAGCCUACUGCAACAACCUGUGGGAUGGAGCAAGGAAGACCCUUGCUACUCUCUGGGAUGGUCACGGAGCCAUAUGGCAUGGCUAUGAAAUCUAUGGCAUGGAGAAGGUCCCUGACAAAGGGCCAGCACUGAUAGUCUACUAUCAUGGAGCUAUCCCCGUCGACUACUAUUACUUCCUGGCCAGGGUCAUCCUUCAGAAAGGCCGAACAUGCCACUCUGUAGCUGACCACUUUCUCUUUAAGAUUCCAGGUUUCAAGUUACUUUUGGAGGUGUUCAGUGUAAUCCAUGGUCCACAGGAGGAGUGUGUUCGUGCACUGAGGAAUGGUCACCUGUUGGGUAUUUCUCCAGGUGGCGUGCGGGAGGCGCUCUUCAGUGAUGAGACCUACCCCCUGCUUUGGGGCAAACGCAAAGGCUUUGCUCAAGUCGCUAUAGAUUCUCAAGUGCCACUAAUUCCAAUGUUUACUCAGAAUGUUCGGGAAGGCUUCAGAUCUCUGGGAACACUCAAGUUUUUUCGAUGGGUGUAUGAGAGAUUUCGUCUUCCUAUAGCUCCUAUUUAUGGUGGAUUCCCUGUAAAGUUUCGUACCUUCCUGGGUGAUCCCAUCCCUUAUGACCCCAACGUCACUGCUGCAGAGCUUGCAGAGAAAGUACGGAUGGCAGUUCAGUCUCUGAUUGAUCAGCACCAACAGAUCCCUGGGAACAUCCUGCGAGCCUUGCUGGAGCGAUUCCACACCACAUACAGAGGUCAUUAAUGUCUGCAUGACAAGAUCGUGGAGACAAAAAGGCUCCGGUGCCUACAGUUUGUAGGUUUGGGUGGUUAAGUUAAAAUUAUUUGCACAGGUUUGAUUACAGGGUGACAUGCGCACACACACACACACACACACACACACACACACACACA